UCGUGUACUUAUACUGCAUGUACUUAGUUUCUAUCUCUCAAAUCUUGUAUCGUUAGAAUCACACAAGUUGUUAUGCCUAUUUUACGACGAGAUUAAUUCAUUAAAAAUGAUAUUAUAUUUCAUUUAAUUAAAGCCAAAUUCUUUUGCAAAUGUUUAAAAACAUUUAUAUCAUAAUAUCGAAGGAAUUACGAAACUUUAGUGAUAACAACAAACGAGACAGGUUAUAAGAUCGUAAUCUACAUACAAAAGUUGUUAAAAAUAUGGAUAAUCAAAUCCAUUCUGAACUAAUCGUAAAAGACGAGGAGGAGGAGGACGACAAAGAACAAAAACCUGAUGCUGCUAGUAAUGAAACAAAAACGGUCGAAGAAUCGACGAUUGGAAUCAGGCCAAGGCCACUGAUCUGUAAACUAGAAAAUGUUAAUAUUGAAUGCAAAUCUGAACCCAUAGAAACCAAAUGGCAUUGGGCUCCAGGUGCCUGGCAAGAUGCUACAAGAACUAGUGCUUUCCAACCCUACAAGCCUCCUACUUUGCUCACUAAUUUGCAAAGAGGUAAUACACAAACGGAAAUACCUCAACUUUACGGUGGCAGUGAUAUUACAUUCCAUACAUUAGCUGGGCAAGGUGAACUCACACCUGACCAUAUACAUCCAAGUAGCGUAGAUGCGCCUGAUGAAAAGGGAUUAACCGGUUUGAUGUGGGCUGCUGGGUAUGGCCAAUUAGGUAGUGCAAAACAAUUACUCAGAGCUGGUGCGAAUAAAAACUAUCGUGGACUUAACGGAGAAACUCCUCUACAUCUGGCAGCUGCUUAUGGACAUCACGAUCUUGUAAAGUUACUAUUAAAUCAUGGGGCAGAUUGUAAUGCAAGUGAUGAAGAAGGGAAUACACCUUUGAUGUAUGGAGCAUAUGGUGAUCAUCCUCAUGUAUGUUACGAAUUAUUAACCAGAGGUGCCGAUAUUACGCGUCGUAACAUGUAUAAUACGAGUGCUUAUCAUGCAGCGGUAUUAAAUAAUUCUUUAACUGCCAAAGCAGUUAUUGAAAAUUACUUGGUACAACAAGUGGCAAAUGUACCACCAGAUAUAUUACAAUAAAGCGAUAGUGUACAUAAUCUAGACAUGAUGUUAAGCACCUUAUAAGCUUAAGGAACUGUAAAAAUUGUAUUAUGUCUA